AUGACAGCCAAGUCUGCCUUUCCAUCGCCACUAGCAGGCUCGUUGCAGCUCUUCCAGGGCAAACCGGUCGAACUUUCCUACUUCGACUCGGACCCGCAACUCGCCCACUCGCUCAUCUUCCUUCCGGGCCUCACCGACACCAUCGGCGGGCUUCCAUACCUUCCUCGACUCGCGGAACGCCUCCGCAAGCACGGCUUCUCGUUGGUCCAGCCACAGCUGACAUGCCAUCUCGGCGGAUACGGACAGUGCACGCUCGAGGGUGAUGCACAGGAGAUUGCCAAUUGCGUUGCUCACCUUCGCAGUUUGCCGUCCAAGCGCAAGGGUAAAGUGGUUCUGAUGGGCCAUUCGACCGGAUGCCAAGAGGUGAUUGCGUAUCUGCUCUCGUCGACACGGGCCACCAGUGCACUCACCAGGAUCGACGGUGGCAUCUUGCAGGCGCCCGUGUCGGAUCGGGAGUUUUACGAAAAGACACGCAAUGAGGCUUCGGAGCAGGAACGGAACGAGAUGGACCGUGAGCUGCAGCAUGCUACGCAGCUCGUCCAAGCCGGUCAAGGCGCAACGCUGAUGCCUCGCAAAGAUACUGCGACCAGCACGCUCCCCACCGAUCCUGAAGAUCCGCCUAACGGUUCCGCCAGCUCUGCUGCUACCGAAUCGGGCAACACGACGGCAGUUCUAUCUCUCGCCAUGACAGCUUAUCGCACUUGGUCGCUCAAAGCUAAGGGAGGCCACGACGACUUUUUCAGCUCGGAUCUCGAUGAUGCGCUCAUCAGAACCAACACGCCUGGCUCGCGCUCUAUGGGCCGAGCCAUCAAGAACCUUCAAGCCGGUGCCGAUCCCGAGACCAAAGAUACUCCACGCAUCUUAGCGCUCAUUGGUGAAAAAGACGAAUACGUCCCAGACGGCUACCAAGCUGUGCUGCUAAAGCGAUGGACCGAAUUGCUGGAAGCAACCGGCGGCUUCCAAGCCACCAUCCUCAAAGAUGCCGACCACCGAGCCGAUGGUCAAGUCGCCACAGACCAUCUACUCCAACUGGUCGAUACGUUCCUUGCAAACAUCAGCUAG